AUGGGGGCAAAUGAUGCAGCAUAUGGCCCUCUAUUACCAUAUCUCGAAUCGUACUACAGCAUCUCCCACACAGUGGCUUCAUUUCUUUUCCUGUCACCUGUCUGUGGCUAUGUACUUGCUGCAGUUCUAAACGACACAAUUCACACUAAGCUAGGUCGUCGUGGCGUUGCCUGGAUUUCCUCCGGUAACCAUUUCAUCGGCCAUCUCUUUGUAUCUUUACAUCCUCCAUACCCUGCUCUAGUCGCUCUUUUCGUCCUUCAGGGCUUUGGAAAUGGCUUGGCAGACUCGGGGUACAACGCCUGGGUCGCCAGUAUGACCAACGCAAAUCAAAUACUCGGGAUUAUGCACGGGCUGUAUGGAUUUGGGGCUGUUCUAAGUCCACUUGCAGCAACGUUACUUGUGACCAAGGCUAACUUGCCAUGGUUUUACUUUUACUAUCUUAUGACUGCUUGCGCAAUAAUUGAAUUGAUCUUCUGCCUGGGAGUAUUUCGAGACUCAACCGCAGCUGCUUUCCGGGCUGCCAAUCAGACCGAAGAGCACCAAGAUGGGAAUAUGAGUCGAGCCAUCGCUCAACCCCCAUAUGCACGCAUAACUUGGAUCUGUUCCUUUUUCUUCCUUGGUUACAUGGGGGUUGAAGUCGCGCUAGGUGGAUGGAUUGUUACUUAUAUGAGGGAAGUAAGAGGUGGGGAGGCAUUUGCCAGUGGUAUGACUGCCACAGGGUUCUGGCUUGGAAUCAGUUGUGGCAGAAUGAUUCUUGGCUUCGUUACCCCGCUGCUAACGGAGGAGUUUGCCGUCAUUAUCUAUUCCCUGCUUUCAAUUCUCUGCGGUUUCAUUCUCUGGCUCGUGCCCGUGUUCUCAGUUUCAGCAGUGGCUGUCACAGUCCUCGGAUUUUUCUUAGGUCCAUUUUUCCCUGCUGCGAUUGUAGUCGCCACCAGGAUUCUUCCCCGGGCUUUACAUGUGAGCGCUGUCGGCUUCGCUUCAGCCAUUGGAGGAGCUGGAGCUGCGAUUCUGCCGUUUGCAGUGGGUGCUAUUGCCCAAAGGAGUGGUGUUCAGGUUCUGCCGCCAAUCAUCAUUGUUUUGAUCAUCGGCAUUUUGUCAUUGUGGCUCUUCCUCCUACAAAGCGCAAAGAAUAUCGCACAUUAG